AUGGGCACAAAUAAAGGUAUAUAUUUCUUGCUUAUUGUGUUAAUGUUAAGUGGAAUACAUGGAGCAAGGAUAUUAGCGUAUUUUCCUACGCCGUCUAUAAGCCAUCAAUUGGUAUUUCGACCCCUCACACAAGCAUUGGCAGCGCGAGGUCAUGAAGUGAUUGUAGUCACUACGGAUCCAGUGUUUCCGAAAGGGCAAACACCAGCCAAUUUAACGGAAAUCGACGUUCAUGAUAUAUCCUAUGAAAUUUGGGGAAGCCUCUACAAAUACCAUAGAGGAAAUAAACGAGAACUUUUGGUGCAAGUGAAAGCUUUCUUCGAAGUGUUUACAAACGUAUUUUACCGUCAAGCACAGACAACGGAAGUGAAGGAACUUUUAAAUAAGGACAGAAAAUAUUUCGACUUACUGUUACUUGAGGCAUGCAAUCGGGGACUUAUGGGAUUUUCGCACAUCUAUGAUGCUCCAGUUAUUACCAUUAGUUCAUUUGGGGCCGUCCCAGCCCAAUAUCAUACUAUGGGCGCUCCAGUACAUCCGAUAUUGUAUCCAACGGCUGGAAGACAGAGAUUAUAUAAACUCUCUCUAUUGGAAAAGUGUAUUGAAAUGUUAGGGUACUACUUAUUUGAUUUCUUAGUAUCUGACUCUAAUGCAUAUGAACAUAAAAUAAUGAAAAGUAUUUUUGGUGAAGAUGUUCCAACAUUCCCAGAAUUAAAAAAUAACGUUGAACUACUGUUUUUAAACGAACAUCCAAUAUGGGCAGAUAAUCACCCGGUGCCACCUAGUAUUCAAUAUAUUGGCGGUAUACAUGAAACCAAGUACAAGGAUCUACCUGCAGAUCUCAAAAAAUAUCUAGAUUCAUCUAAGAAUGGAGUAAUUUAUGUUAGUUUUGGUACCAAUGUUUUGCCUUCACUGCUUCCCCCUGAGAAGAUAGAGAUAAUGGCAAAAGUUUUGUCUCAAUUGCCAUAUGAUAUUUUGUGGAAAUAUGAUAAGGAUGUUUUACCAAUACAGUCGAAAAAUAUCAAUAUAUCUAAAUGGUUUCCUCAGCCAGAUCUCUUGAGACACCCUAAAAUCAAAUUGUUCAUAACACAAGGAGGUCUACAAUCAACCGAUGAAGCUAUAAAUUCUGAAGUGCCGAUGUUAGGUAUUCCCAUGUUGAUUGACCAAUGGUAUAACGUUGAGAAAUAUGUCCAUCAUAAUAUUGGAUUGCAACUGGAUAUAAUGACACUGACAGAAGAAGAAUUCAAGCAAAGCAUUGAAAAAAUUAUAAAUGAUGAAAGUUACAAGAAAAAUAUCACUAGACUAAAGACACUUAUGAGAGAACAUCCGUUAAAGCCUUUAGAUAAUGCUGUUUGGUGGACAGAACAUAUAAUUAAAUACGGAGGAAAUCAUUUAAAAUCACCAGCUGCUGACAUGUCCUGGACAGAGUAUUAUGAGGUGGAACUUGUAUUAAUUCUUUUUGCAAUUUUAAUAACAAUAUUGACUGUAUUAGGCUGGAUUAUGAAGUCAGUUUUGAAAUUUAUGUAUAAUAUAUACAGAACUAAUAUUAAGUUAAAAAUUUAUUGAAACUGUGAUUAAGAUAAAUGUGUAAAAAUUACAGGAAGAACACAAAAAUAGUGAUAGUGCAAAAACGUCAAUAGUAAUACUAUUGCUAUUUUUGUUCGUAAGACUCGAAUUAGAUACUAAAAUAAAUACAUAAUAUAUUGAUAUAGUUGACAUAGUUUCGUUUUGAACA